CAGGCGUCAAGUGGCCGUGCGGUCGAGAGGGCACUGUACAGGUUGGCACGGUGCGAUUCUCCGCUGCCGCCGGCCUGGCAUUCUUGGACGCGCCAGCAGAAUUGCCCCGCUCUUCCAAGGAUAUAGUGGACGGCAAGCACUAAAGCCACCUGCCACAGCAGGUAUUGCACAGUGCCACAUGGAUGCUGCAGCGCACGGCGCCUACGCACUUGGCUUUUACUACACGGCCACCACGGGGCCCUCUCCGAUGGUCUCUUGUAAGCAAAAUAACGACGGAAGAAAUAGAAGCAUUAAAAAUAAAGACAAAAAAUCACAGUGUUACUACGGCUUACAGUGCUCAUUGUCAAAACUCUAGCAUUUUACUCAUCCCUCAGAGACAAUAGCCGAGGCGUCCACCGAUUGUCCCGAGCAAAGACCCCCCUUCGGCCAUGCCAUUGUUUCGGGUGGCAGCGCCCUGUGCCUAGGCCCUGUGCAGCGGCGCUUCCCCCCUAACGUGGGUACCUGUACAGUGCCAGCCAGUGCCCGCUCUGGUGGCUGCCGCCUUCUGUAGCCAAGGAAAAACGUCUGACCUGACGCGACCGCGAAAGCCCCUUAUUUCUCCCUCCCACCCAAGUAAACCCCCAUCUUCUCUAUCAACAUCGUCAACGAAUCCCCCUUCCCACAACUCGCCGGACGGAAUCAACGAUCUGCGUCGCCUUGCUGCCUCGCAGUCCCCUUUCUUCAAAAUGGCGAAUCCAUUCAGUACUGCGUUCAAGUCAUUUUGGCAUACUAUGACUAGCUAUGAUAGACAUUCUUCAUUCGACUCUCCCCAACGAUCAGGACGCCACGUCCCCCUUCGCAACGAUAGAGAUGGCAUGUUAACCGGCGUUGCCACCGCCUCUGAUUCGCGUGCAGAUGUUAGCAACCCUUACUUUGACGAGAGCGGCCGAGCUUCCCCGAUCCGACGAAACCACGGUACUGCAAGCCCCAACCCUGGCACAUACUCGCCCGGCUCACGGUCGCUCUCGGCGCAGAGAGGCGACGGGUUCGAGACGCAAACUCCCGGAGAUGUUCCCAUGCAAGCGUUCCAAGAUGGCCUGCCACCCCCACCGCCAAUCCAACACUCGUGGGGAAGAAUAGACAAAUGGGCCGAGGAGAACUACCCCGAGCUUUUCGACCAGCUCGGUGAAGGAGCCACAGCCAACGAUAUGAACGAACUCGAGCAUCAGCUUGAUUGCACUCUCCCGCAAGAUGUGCGCGAUUCGCUGAUGAUUCACGAUGGUCAGGAGCGAGGAGGCACGCCAACUGGUAUCAUUUUCGGAUCAAUGCUGAUGGACUGUGAGGAAAUCGUACAGGAGUGGGAGCAAUGGAGACGGGUCAACGAGCAGUAUCUCCUUGACGCCGCUGCCAAUCGCCCUCCUCCACCUCCAGUUCGUGCCUCAACAAACGGCGCCGGCAGCAGCGAAGCGUCCUCCUCGAAGCAGCGACCUUCCUCUUCGUCUUCUUCGCAACACGACGAAUGGCGACAGAACCUCCUCUCCAAACAGCAAUGCGUUCCCCCAAAUGCCGUAAAGAAGGCGUACGCCCACAACGCUUGGAUUCCUCUCGUUCGUGAUUGGGGAGGCAACAACCUUGCAGUAGACUUGUCCCCCGGUCCUGGUGGCAAAUGGGGUCAGAUUAUCCUUUUUGGCCGCGACUACGACACAAAAUACGUCAUUGCGCGCUCCUGGUCUGCUUUCCUUGCCCUUGUUGCGGACGAUCUGAACAGCGGCAAAUGGUUUGUGGACGAAGAGACAAGCGAACUGAAGCUGCGUGAAUUCAGAGACUCCCGCGUAGAGCCGCCCUACUUCAGCAUUUUGAGAUGGAGAAUGGAUCAAAAGUAUGGCCGCCGUGGCCCGUCGAACAAGCGCAAGUCCGUAAUGUCACCCAAGGCCGGUUCCCCCUUGGGAUCUCGCUCGGCCUCGCCAUACACGAAACCAGCCGAUGCCAACGGUGACGCUCGCGGCCGCUCCAUGCAGCGUCUCAGUCAAUCAUCGCCUCUGACGAGCCCCAUGCGCCGCGGCUAUAACAAAGCCCCUCUCAGUAAGGUUGCCGAAGAGGGUCUGUUGCCAGAGCUGCGCUCAGCAAUCAUUGAGCCCUCGAAGUUAGUCGAAGUCGAAACCCCGCGCGUCAGCGAAGAUGACAAGGAUGCGUCCCGUAUUAGCUUAUCCAGCCCCGGGGAGAACGAUUUGCUCCGAAACGACAAGGAAAACGUCACCCCUAGGCCGAAUGGAAAGAAGAUUGGCAACGACGACGCCAUGAAGACCAUUGAAAUCUAGGAGACCUCCAACGGCAACGGAUACAUUACCGAUCCGCGGAACCCCUCGCCUCAUGUACGCGGCUCGCGCGACUUACGCUACCCUCUAUGACGGCAUGACUUAUUACUUGUUCUAUUAUUACUUUAUCACGCUGGGUUGUUGUCUUUUUUAUGCUUUUUUAUGUUGCCAUUGAUUACAGGCACAGAGUAUACAUACAUAUCAAAAUUCGGGCGUUUGGGGCGUCAUGCAGACCAUUUCUAUGGAGAUAUGGGCUGCAGGAAAUUAGAGCAGCAUGAGAGUAGGAUUGCUGGUAUUUGCUUAUGAAUUUUUUGUUUCUUGUCUUCUUUUCCUCUUUUUGCAGCGACUCGAAUAAUAUUUAGGAGAAGAAUAGCCACUAUUAUUAGGUUGGAGCUGCCAGUUCUGGCGCGUCGAACUGAGAAGGUCUUUGCAUCAUCAGCUUGGAUGCUAUACUGGAACGGAGAGACUAGCUAGGCUCAACUAGUUCGCUUUGAAAUCAUAGAAACCAAGCAAUCAGCCUUGUACCACCAAUAUAUUUGUCCUCUACAUAUCACUGUGUUCAAUAUCUCAGGCUUGCCGCGACACAGGUCUUACACUUGGCUUGUCUGUGAAGGCCUCCAAAAGUAUAAAGGGAGAAAGACACACAUAUCACCUAGAUCCUCCAAUUCUCAUGAACGCAUUUAUAAUAAACUGGUAUAAAUAUAUUGACUGAAAAUUCACUGCAUAAAUAUGCGUCCAAGAUUAGACGCCAUCAUAAGUUAUAUAUCGCACACCUGUGGGACUAAGUAUAUAUAUAUAUAUACACCUGUAACACCGUUCCAUUUACGCCGAAAAAGAAAUAGAAAGCCAUUUACUGGCGCUCGAGUCUCGCGCGGCGCAUAGCACCAGGCUUACUAGCCAAGGGAAAGACGGGGAAGUCGCUAGAAAGGCCUUUGGUGCAGCCAACGCCGGUAGCGAGGGCCUGGACGACUGACCACUGGCCGCUGGCGCAGCGUUGGAAAGAGAGUCCGUCGACACAGUUCCACUGGCCUUCGUCAGUGCACUUUUGAGCCGCUGGAAAGCCAGCAGCAGGAGAAUCGCCGGAGAUGGGAGUUGGGGUAGGGGUGCUUGUGGGAGUGCCAGCUGCAUCGUUGACGCUGUUCAUUUCCAUGUCUGAUUCAGCAGUAGGAGCAGCUGGGGCGUCGGUAGCAAAGACGGCAUCAGAGCCUUGAGUAGAGUCGUCAAGUUGAGGGGCAGCGGUAGCAACAGCAGCGUGGUGGCCGUCAUCGGCAAAGAGCUCCUUGGGGCCACGGAGGGCAGCAGGGCCCUGGGUGCAAACAGCCUUGCUUGGGCUCCAGAACUUGGCAGUGACGCCGUUGAACUGGUCCACAAACUUGCCGGGGUUGGGGAACUUGACGUCGACGUUGGGAGGGACGCUGCACAUCUCGUCGGCGGUGUCUUUGGCGUCCAUCUUGAUGUUGGCGAUGAACAUGUCGGGCAGAGACUGCCAGUAGGAAUCAACGCCAGUGUUGCCGGUGACGGUGACGGGCGCGCAGUUCAUGUACAUCUCACGGUUGCCGACCUUGUUGAACCAGGUCCACGCGAGAGUGUAGUUGCCAGCAGCCAGCUUCUCGGGGAUGUCAAAGUCGUAGGUGAAUGGGACGGCCAUGGUGGCGUCGCUUCCAAGGUUGCCCUUGGUGUUCUUGGCAGGGCACCCACCCUCGAUGGACUUGAUGACCUUCCAGACAGAGUUCUUGUCGGGGUGCAGGUCGGUCGUGACGGAGACUUGGCACGAGCCGCCGCCGUGGACGGAGCUGCCUUCAAAGGCGAGGUGCUGGGUGCUGCCUUGGGCGUAGAUGUUGGAGGCGCCUUCAAGAUCGUAGACGUCGGCUCUCUGCUUGCAGGGGAAGUCGGCGCCGUUGGCAUCGAGGGGAGAGUUGUUCAGGGAAGCUUUGCCGUAGGGGACGGGGUUGGUCAUGAGAACAUGGGCGCUGGCCAGAGCGGCCAUGCUAGAGACGGCGAGGAUGUGGGAGAGCAUGGUGGUAGUCUUUCCAGAAAACUUGGGGUAUAUGGAGUAUCUUGUAGUGUAUUCUUCGAUCGUGCCAGACGACGAAGGGUUUGUAGAGUAUGUGCAGCUAGCUUAACCAGGGGACUAAGCAGCGUAGAUGGAGAUUCAACU